CUGACGUCGACCCUUAGCUAGAAGUUAUGGUGCAGAUUAGUUAACUGCCGCUUGGUGUCUGUUUGCUGGUCUUGAGGCAUCUGGGGUUACAAGUGUGGAUACUCUUCAACAAUGUCGGCGUUUAGAGAUUACCGUUCCUUUGAUGUUGACUUCGAGCGACCAAGGAAGGUCUCACUGUAUCAAAAAGCCAGGUUUUGGGUCCUCGACCAUCCUAAACUCAGCUUCCUAAUUGCUUGCGCUGUCGGGGCUGGUUUACUAGUGUUGAUCGUCACAACUUCUGUCUGCGGUGAAGGCGGAUGCGAUAAGAGCAAAAGCCCGCGCUGGGGGUAUUCGCCACCGACUCUUCCGCCAACGCCCCUUCCGCCACCCCAGUCGCCCCCACCGCCAUACCCACUUGGAGGGUCUUCCACCCCUCUACCCUCCCCCCCGCUGCCGCUUUCUUCGCCGUCCCCGUCGCCGGCGUCCCCUCCCUCACCGGCGCCGCUGCUACCUUCACCUCCGCUGCCCCCAUCACCACCUCCGCUGCCCCCGUCGCCGCCCACAUCGGCACCUCCAUCAUCUCCGUCCCCCCUUGCACCGCCUUCGCCGCCCCCCUCGCCCCCGUCCCCUCCCUCACCGGCGCCGCUGCCACCUUCACCCCCGAUGCCCCCAUCACCACCUCCGCUGCCCCCGUCACCUCUCCCUCUGCCGCCGUCACCCUCCCCGCUGCCACCGUCUCCCUCCCCGCUGGCCCCAUCACCUUCCCCGCUGCCGCAGCCACCCUCUCCUCCGCCGACACCCCCAUCGCCACCCUCUCCUCCCGUGCCGCCUUCACCAUCCCCGUUGCCCUCGCCCCCGCCGUCACCCCCGCCUCUACCACCGCCAACACCUGCUCCCCCCCCUCCUCCGUCUCCUUCGCCUUCGCCUCCUCUACCACCUUCCCCAGAACCAUCUCCUCUACCACCUUCCCCAGAACCAUCUCUUCCGCCCUCGCCGCCGGAGUCAUCGCCGUCUCCACCGUCACCGGAGCCACAGCCAUCUCCGCAACCCACAUCCCAGCAGUCCGCGCCGCCGCCAUCGCCGGCCCCAGAUUCGGGUUCCGGGCGCCGUCACCGUCGCCGGCUGCAAUGACCUAUCAAAGUCAGCGCAUGUACGGCGCAGGCGAUGUACGGCAGGUGUACGGCGCAGUACGCCCCCCUUCUUGGGGUCGUUGUAAGGAGAGGUGGAUGAGUGUCAGGGGCGGGGAACCGGCGCGGCAGGCGUUGUAUCUCGGUCAGGCGUCGUGCAGCUUUGUGCGCGGGUCCUCGUUAAAGGGUGAAGGCAGCUUGGCCGGCAGGGAGGUCGCAGCUGGCCGUGGGAAGAGCAAGGGGACCAAGAGCUUGUCCGUGUGGGCGAAUGGCGGGCGGAGACGUGAAAGCGAGAGGGGGGGUUGGUUGUGGAAGGCGGAUGUUGCAUGCUUGGGGCCUCUUGGGAGGCAGAGGUAAGGGGCAUGCCAGGCUGGUGUUUGCCCCGGAUCGACCUUGAGACGUGGUGACACACCUGCCUGCUCGCUCAGGGGUGGAGGAGGGCGGGCCGGAGGACGGCACCCGGAGUCCCGGGGAGGGGAAGGACCCAGUCCGCGCGUUGCAGUACCUGCUGUCAACGCGUACAGAGCAGCGCUGUGGAGACUUGCGAGAGAGCGGGUGUGAUCAACUACCUGGCAGCUGUAGUGGAAGCUGUUUAUCGCUAGCAUAGCAAGGUGUGAGAGUUCGGCGUGGAGGGGUGUGACCUAUUCAGCAGGGUAGGAGAGAGGGUGGGUUUCUGGAUUGCGAUGUGGUCAAGUGUCUGCGAGUGGUAGUGCUGCCAAGGGUUAUAUGGGUCCAUGGCAAUGAGACACGGGUUAUACAGCACAUAUGGCAUUGGAUUCGAACAUGCAGCUACGGCUAUGGUUGGGUGCUGCUGGUUGUUGGUUGGUCGUUGGUGAUCAACUGUUUUCAAUUGUUUUCAUGGGCUGGCCUGUCCCACCUAGCACUUGAUGCCUUGCAGGUUUAUUGCGGUUAUGCCAGUGCAACCCGGCCGCGGGUUGCACGAGGCUGAUUGCGUAUUGGAUUUGCAUCCCUCGUGGUUAGCGUGAACAUCAAUAUGAUAUUGUGGCAGUGCCGUCUUGCAGCCUAUAGGCGUGAUGCAUGCUGCUGUGUCUGUGGUGGUUCCAGGUAUAUGUUAUUCCUUUUCAAUCUGUGCUCCAUGGCGUCCUUAGGCGCGCACACGCGCCGCUUUUUAUUACUCUGGCACAACCUCAACUGCCAGGCCUGAAUGUCGGCUUUUUAUACUCUGGCACAUCCGGG